UCAGAAAUCAUUGCAAUCUCCAACGAUGAAGUUCUUUGCUCUGUGCGCUUUCCUGCUCCUCGCUCUGGUUGCCGUUCACGCAGCCCCUGGCCGUGGUGACGGAUUUGGACAAGGUGGAUAUGGCGGCGCUGGCGGUGGUAUUGCCUCGGCUAAUGCCAAUGCCAUUGCCAAUGCCAAUGCUCAAGGCCCUGGAGGAGCUUCUGCCGUAGCCAAUGCCAACGCUUUUGCUAAAGCCCAAGGUGGUGGCGGCGGCAGACACCACGGUUGAUUUGAUUUUAGACAUCCAUUGGUGUACCUGGAACAAACCUGGAUACGAAGCAAACUCAAAAAGUCAUCAUUAUCGAAAAAUAUUUGAAUAAAAGGUGUUAUUUUCGGAAACGAAAUUCUGCA